AGCGAGGUGGUCGGAAUGUAGUGCUCACCAUGGCUGAGGUUGCUGCUGAGCGAACGCGAGCGGCGAGCAGUGAGCACUGAGCAGUGCCGCGCUGGUCGUGGUGUGUGUCGGUUGUCUUCAGCUCUCCUCUCGUUACUCGCGUGACUCGCAAGGUGUUACACAAGCCAAUCUAUACUGAACUUGCAAAUAAUCACAUUUCAACGCAUCGCGUACCUAAACAAUAACUGCAGUAUUGUGAGAACCAUUUUUUGAACUCUGAGUGACUGACAAACACUGAAUGACAAAUUCGCGACAGAAGAACGGAACUUACAAACUCUUCGCUUGCAUACACCAUAGGAGCCACAAGUCGCAGUGGUGUGUGUCAAUGAGCCAACGAGACCCGGGACUACGAGGACUGUCUGCCAGGACGAACAGGACACCUACAACACCCAUCAAUACACAGCUGCCUUCUCUCUCAGGCCAACCACAGCGUGAUCUCCCCCUGACCCAAGAUGACCUCCAUUUUGAAUUACACAUGCAUUGUGAUACUUACAGCGUGGUUUGCAGGGCUGACGCAUUGCCAGUUACGCGGUGAACCUUCGUCCGCCUCCGAAUUCCGCCUUCACCCCACCAACACCACCGUGCCUGAGGGAGAGCAGGCCAUCCUCAAGUGUUUGGUGAAAAGCGAGGUGCAUGCAUGUCGCUGGUACUUUCUUGAGCUGGGACUUGACUUCUUUGAUAAAAAAUCCUCACCAUUACUAGUGAAGGACUUCAAACCUGCCCAACAACGUGACUGCUCCAUAAGGCUAAAGACGGUGCGUAAGAUCCAGGAGGGCCAAUGGCUGUGUGAGGCCAUCCAGUUCCAUUCCCCAAAUACCCUCAAGACACAUCCUGUUGUUCUCAGAGUUGUCACCAGAGCAGAAAGACCUGACUGGAGACCACCAGGUGACCUCACUGUUUCCACCCCCAGACAAAGCCGCCACCAUGAUGACAAGGAUGAGGCUGGAACUGCACUGGAGGAGGUGAGCUUUGAGUCUUCUCCAAAUGACCACAUUCAAAACACAAAGCUGGAAGAGUCUGUAACACUCAACUGUAAAGUCAACAAGCCUCUGACCUCCUGCACUUGGGUCAUGCCCAGUGGAUCAUCCUUCAAUGUGUCACAAGAGGAAGAACAGCUUAAUAAAUUUGACACAUCUGUUGGAGAUUAUAGACUGGAAGGAGAUUUGAAGGAAGGCCAAUGCUCCUUGCUAGUAGGCAAAGUGCAGCAUGAAGAUGAGGGUGAUUGGCGAUGUGUUGUACAAGUGGCAGGCCAAGAAGAGGAGUUGCAAGGACCACUCCGUCAUCUUCACAUCACAGAUCUGCCUUAUCCUUCUGAUCAUAGCCACGGAGGUGAACCUCUUGUGGCCCCAACUGAAGAUUCCUCAAGUGUACUGGUGAUUGUUCUGGUGUUCACCUCCAUCAUCCUCCUAGUCCUUGUUAUCCUUCUAUUCACUUGCCUCUAUCGGAGGGUGGCAGCUGUAUCAGAUGAGACUCACAAGAUCUUGCAGGCAUCACCACAAAGUAGCCUCAAUCGCUUACCACACAAGACUUUCCCAAACACAGAUUUAACAGCAGCAUCUGUCCUGGCUGUGGAGUCAAUAAAGUCCAGCCCUGCCAAGAGUAAGGACCCAGACUGCUACAAUCAGUACCUGGACAUGACAGGAUCUAAUAGCAGCGCAGGAAGUUACGUCAUGAUACCACCACCCAGCCUCAGGUCCUCUGUAUCUUCCAGGACCACACUCUCCACCCUAUCCACUCUGCCCAUAGGUCGUGCUCGCUCAGCAAGCAGCAGUACCGUGUUGAGCAGAGCCUCCCUAGGCCCACACAAUGUAUUAGAUAAUCCUUCGUAUGACCCAAGUACUUUGCCAAAGGAUGAUUUCACCCAUCGAGAUUCCUCCUUCUAUACUGAUCAUAUUUAUGAAGAAAUCAAGGAAAAAUUUGAGGAGCUAAACAAGAUGGAGAAAAUGCCAGAGGCAAUCAACCCAACCUACACCAACCUUCUACAGGACUGUGAAGGAUAUCUUGUUCCUAAGAAAACUCCUGAGGGUGAGAUGAUUCAGGCUCAUCCAGUUUUUGAUUCCACUAAUGUUCUUUCUCAGCAUACAUUGCCAAGACAAAAUAUCAAGGCAUCUGUAACUUCAAGCAGUGAACAGGCACCUCCCUAUUCCCGUGUGGGCCAGUGUGGCUUGGUGCCCGCCAGCCCCACACCUGAGACAGUUGCCAACCCUGGUCCUGGCUACUCAAGGGUUGGGUCUGGGAAUUCUGAUGGGGAUGCCAUGACCACAGAUCCCAUGGAAAGAUAUGAUGUGCCCAGAUCAUCCCCAGUAGCAGUGCCUCUCCCAUUAAACAUUCCAAUCUCAUCUGAGGCAUACGUCAAUGGUCUUGAAGUCUCAUCUGAGGUCUAUGGAAAUGGUCUUGAAGGUACAAUAGUCUGAGUCAUAAGUAAUAAUAUUAUGGUUUAGGAAAAAGUGCCAGAUUGUUAUAGCUGCCCAAAUGCAAAAUAUAUACAUAUAUAUACUGUUGCAUGAUAUUCAGAUGUGCUAUCAGUAAAUAAUAACUCAGAUAAUGAUGUAGAAUCCUUUCCUAAACAGUGGAUCUUACUAAGCUAGAAGAUUUUGAAGGUGUUUAUUGUAAAUAUUCAGAAGAAUCUAUUACAUCUUACUGAAGUUUUCCUGCUGUGUAUAAUAAUAAGAAAAGGGCCAAAGAAAUACUAAUCUAUCAAUAAUGUAAACCUCAUUCCAAGAGAUCUAUGUCCUGCAUUCAGAAUGUCCUUGAACAAUGCAUACAUACAUAUACCCUAAGAUAGGCUACCUGUACUUCAUACUCUUCUAUUGUGCAGCUGAGAGAUUACAGUCAUUGGUGAUAUAAUGAUAGAAUUUCUCCUCAUGAUAGCAUAAACUACCUCUCACUAUUGCUGUGUAAGUCAUGUGUUCAUGAUAUAGUAUCUCCAUGUAAAUAUAGCUUAGGUUGGCGUGUAUAUUUUGCAUUGUGCAUCUAGAGUCUUCCUUGUCCUGCCUAAAGCUUUGCUCCAUGUCACUGUACAGAGUUUUUCUUUGUAAAUAUCUAUAAUAAAGUAUAUAUGUAUGUUUUUGUCUGCCAAAAGCUUUGCUCCUUAUCACUGUACAGCUGGUUCUUCCUAUGUAAAUAUUUAUAAUAAAAUAUAUGUUUUA